GAAGCAAAAGCCUUAAUCAUUAACAUCCCAGCGGAGAAAGAAUCCUACAUCGCUACAAAGAGAACGUUGUUUUCUUGACAUAAAUCAUCAUGAACAAGUGGAUUUUCAUUCUAAUCGCCUACACUUUAACCGUCUAUACACAAGACGCUCUUGGAAUUUGCUGCAAUGAGAUAAAGACAUUAGCAACGAAGAAAAAGAAUGCCUUGAAAACAAUUUGCGCAUUUGGAAACAAUCUUCCCAGUGGUUGCUGUGGCGAUAUCAAGAAAGAAGUUUCGGCGUUCGAGGAGGCAUACAAAGUUUUGUGUCUCAACAUAUCAGAAAUCUUCAAAGAUUCCAGCAUUCUACAAUAUAAACACGACUGGGUUAUACAACUUGAAAAGUGGCUUCCUUCGAACUUGAAAAAGAAAAAGACCGUUCGCUGUUACCAAGCAACAACAAAUGGAUGGGGGGCAAGCACAUUCCACAGUCGCUGUGACUCAAAGGGACCAACAUUGGUCUUGAUAAAAAGUAAAUCUUAUGUAUUUGGAGGAUUUGCAUCAAAAUCUUGGGGAGGUAAGCUUGAAAGAAUUAUGCUGACAUUAGCUGUAUAUUUAGCCAAUAAAAUGUGAAAACUUAAUAAAAGAAACUACUAUGAGCAGAAGGUCCAUUUAUAGGAAAAGUUCAAUAUUAUCGUGAAUAUGUUUGAUAAUAACUAUCAACGCAUC